AUGAGACAUAUGAUGAUCCAGAACCGACACAUCCAUAUGACGAUCCAGGACCACCAGAGUCAUAUGAAGAUCCAGGACCACCAGAGUCAUAUGAAGAUACAGGACCACCAGAGUCAUAUGAAGAUCCAGGACCACCAGAGUCAUAUGAAGAUCCAGGACCACCAGAGUCAUAUGAAGAUCCAGGACCACCAGAGUCAUAUGAAGAUACAGGACCACCAGAGUCAUAUGAAGAUCCAGGACCACCAGAGUCAUAUGAAGAUACAGGACCACCAGAGUCAUAUGAAGAUCCAGGACCACCAGAGUCAUAUGAAGAUACAGGACCACCAGAGUCAUAUGAAGAUCCAGGACCACCAGAGUCAUAUAAAGAUACAGGACCACCAGAGUCAUAUGAAGAUACAGGACCACCAGAGUCUUAUGAAGAUCCAGGACCACCAGAGUCAUAUGAAGAUACAGGACCACCAGAGUCAUAUGACGAUACAGGACCACCAGAGUCAUAUGACGAUACAGGACCACCAGAGUCUUAUGAAGAUACAGGACCACCAGAGUCUUAUGAAGAUGCAGGACCACCAGAGUCAUAUGAAGAUACAGGACCACCAGAGUCAUAUGAACAUCCAGGACCACCAGAGUCAUAUGAAGAUACAGGACCACCAGAGUCAUAUGAAGAUCCAGGACCACCAGAGUCAUAUGAAGAUACAGGACCACCAGAGUCUUAUGAAGAUACAGGACCACCAGAGUCAUAUGAAGAUACAGGACCACCAGAGUCAUAUGAAGAUACAGGACCACCAGAGUCAUAUGAAGAUACAGGACCACCAGAGUCUUAUGAAGAUACAGGACCACCAGAGUCACAUGAAGAUCCAGGACCACCAGAGUCAUAUGAACAUCCAGGACCACCAGAGUCAUAUGAAGAUACAGGACCACCAGAGUCAUAUGAAGAUACAGGACCACCAGAGUCUUAUGAAGAUACAGGACCACCAGAGUCUUAUGAAGAUCCAAGAGCACCACAGUUGGAAUAUGACGACCCAGGACAGACACCAAUGA